GAGGUACACUGGACACCGGAUGGUGAGGAGUUGAUCAGCUGUAGCCCGGACAAGACGGUGCGGGUGUGGGACGCAGAGACGGGGACGGAGGUGAAGCGGCUGCAGGAGCACAAGGACAUUGUGAACAGCUGCUGCCCGGCGCGGAGAGGACCUCCGCUGGUGGUGUCUGGCGGUGACGACUGCCAGGCAAAGCUGUGGGACCUUCGCGCACGCAAUUCAGUCAAAACCUUUGACGAACGCUACCAGAUAUUGAGUGUCGCCUUUUCAGAGGCGGGCGAUCAGAUCUAUACGGCAGGCAUUGAGAAUGUGGUGAAUGUGUGGGACCUUCGGCGUGAAGAAGUCAGCGUGAGUCUGGCAGGGCACAGUGACAGCAUCACUGGCAUGCGGCUGUCCCCUGACGGCACACACCUGCUCACAAACAGCAUGGACAAUACGCUGAGGGUGUGGGACAUGCGGCCUUAUGCACCUGCAAAUCGGUGCACCAAGGUAUUUGCGGGCCACGUGCAUACCUUUGAGAAGAACCUGCUGCGCUGC